AUGGUGUUGGAAGCACUUGAACCUCACCCCAAUCUUGAAUCUCUUUAUAUAAAAGGCUACAGUGGUAGAUAUAUUCCAGGUUGGAUGGAAAGUUCAACUCUGAGAAAAAUAGUUAAGAUUAACAUGAGUGAUUGUGAAAAUAUUAGGUGUUUUCCAAAACUGGGAGAGUUACCUCAUCUUGAGAAGUUGUAUUUAAAGAAUAUGGGGGUGGAGUAUAUUAUUGAAGAAGAAGUUGGGAGUGGACACCCAGUAAAGAUACAGUUCCCAGCUUUGAAAGAAUUGCAUUUAACUAAUCUCCCUAAUCUGAAGGGACUCUCAAAGGAGCAUGAGAGUAAAGAAGCAUUCCCAAAUCUCGAAACUCUGUUGAUUGAGCGUUGUUAUUCAUUAGACAUUCCUAGGUGUCUCAGUCUGGAAUUUGAGAAGAGCCUGACUUGUUUCCCAAUAGAAACACUGGCAAAAUUCAGUAAGCUCCGAACACUGACAAUGACGGGUGUAAAAGAGAUUUCUGUGACAAGAGAAGGUCUGCAAGCCUUAAAAGAGCUUACCCGAUUAAAUCUAUACAGUUGUCAAACAAUGAGAUCUUUACCAGAAGGGAUGUUGAGGCACCUUACUGCUCUGAAUAUCCUCCUGAUAGUGAAUUGCCGAGAGUUUGUAGAGCUACCAGAGGAUAUUAAACAUCUCCAUAAUCUUGAGUUCCUCCUGUUACAUGAUCUUCCCAAGAUGACGCGCUUGCCUCAAGCCUUUCAGCAGCUCAUUUCGCUUUACCUAAUUGAUCUUCCCGAGCUCGAAUCACUCCCAGAUCAGCUACCAUCUCUUAAUUCACUCUAUGUUAUACACUGUCCAAAGGUUAUGUCGAUUCCAGCUCUGCCAAAUCUGAAAAGGCUAAGCAUCAUUGCAUGCCCACAGCUGGGAAGGCGAUGUCAGAAAGGAAGUGGAGAGGAUUGGCACAAGAUUGCCCACGUUCGCAGCAUCGAUAUUUCUCCAAACUAA